ACUUUACUAGCCUACAACUUUCCCCUCCACAGUGGAUUUUGGUGCGGAAUCUUCAAUGCUUUGCGACAGCAAGGGAGUCUUUACGGUUUUUCAAAUUAAUUACAUUAAGAAAAGUAAACAAACUCUGCCUCGCCAUCUGGUAACGCUGCUGGAGCUGUAGUGACAAUGAUUCUUCGAAAUCUAGUUUCAAUUGGACUUGGUCCUCGCGUGUCUUCUCCAGUGACACGUCGGCCUUUGGUAGAGAUGACCAGGUCUGCCAGUUCAGAUAUGUCUGAAUUCCGGAAGGUCUUCUCUAAAGCCAGGCACAUAGCCAUCAUUACUGGGGCGGGUGUGAGUGCAGAGAGUGGAGUGCCUACCUUUAGAGGUGCUGCGGGCUACUGGAGGAAAUGGCAAUCUCAGGACAUAGCCACCCCUGAGGCCUUCUUUCGGAACCCUUCCCUGGUGUGGGAGUUCUACCACUACCGACGAGAAGUGAUGCUGAGUAAGGGACCCAAUGCGGCCCACCUGGCCAUUGCAGAGUGUGAGGCCCGGCUGAGGAAGCAGGGCCGCUCUGUGGUAGUCAUCACCCAGGUCAUAGAUGAUCUGCACCGCCAGGCCGGAUCCAGACAUGUCCUCAAGAUCCACGGAAGUCUGUUUGAGACGCGUUGUGUGAGCUGUGGACAUGUGGCUGUGAACCAAGGCAGCCCAAUAUGCGCUGCCCUAGAGGGGAAAGGUUCUCCUGACCCAGAUACCAGUGAUGCCAAGAUUCCCCCAGAGGAGCUGCCAAGGUGUGAGAAGAGUGACUGCCAUGGUCUGCUCAGGCCCAAUGUGACCUGGUUCGGGGAAACUCUGGACUCGCACGUCUUGACCAAGGUGGAGACGGUGCUGGACACCUGUGAUCUGUGUCUGGUGGUUGGCACCUCCUCCAUAGUGUACCCGGCAGCCAUGUUUGCCCCCCAGGUGGCGUCCAGGGGUGUGCCAGUAGCAGAGUUCAACAUUGAAACCACCUCUGAGACCACGCGCUUCACGUACCAUUUCCAAGGCCCGUGUGGGGCCACGCUACCCCUGGCGUUGGCGCUUCACGAGUCUGAAGUCGUCUGAGGGGUCAAGGGGUGGGGUUUGAUGGUGUCCGAACCUCUGGGACUCCUCCCAUAUCCACUCCACGGCCGUUUGAUUCCAUGGUGAUUAUUCCCUUAUCCGAAAACCGUGCCUUAAGACACUUUGAAACAGGAAUUCUUGGUGGAGGGAGAGCUGCUGUCUGCAGCAGAGGACUGAAUAGUCUUACUGGAUACUUGAUACUUAUUCGGUUAACUAAACUGGAACUGAGAUGUUAUGUGUUGUUGUCUCUUCUUGAAAGGCAGAAAAGUAUAUAUUCAGCUGAAAUAAGGAGAAGUAUUUCUUGAUAUAGGACGGGCAAAUGUUUUCUUCUCUGGAGUUUUGAGCGUGUCAUUUCUUCAUAUACAGUAUAAUAAUAAUAAUAAUAAUAAUAAUAACACAUGCCAUUUAGCAGAUGCUUUUAUCCAAAGCGACUUAGUCAUGUGAGCAUACAUUUCUCUCACUGCUAAUUCAGUAUAUUUCAGAUGUACAGGCUUUGCUGGUUGCUCUGUUUUUGUGACAUUAUUGAGGUCAGUGCACAUGCUGUACAUGACACACACACACACACACACACACAUUAUAUAACAUGCUGAUGUAGCUUGUGAGAUCAGAUGAUAUUAUUCUUUAUAGCGUAUAGUAAUAUAAUCAUAUAGCUGAACCUUUUUCUCACUCUAUGGAGGAUAUACUGUAUUAACUCCAACCCAGUACAAUACCUAAUCCAUGUGCCUGGCCAACUGUUUCCACAACCUUGGCCAAAUACACACGAACCAUGACCAAAUACAUGCUUUGAAACUCAAGUACAUAGCAACGUCACAGAGGGAGAGUCAGUUCAUUGAACUGGCUACUGCUGAACCUGGACUAUUGUAUUCCCGUCCCUGUACAGUAUUUACCAUAUCAAUAUCUAUCAAUAGUCAUACUGUGGUUACAUGGCAUGAGAAUGUAUUCAAGGGAUAUUUCAGGAUGAAGCCCUUUAUCUACUUCCCCUGAGUCAAAUGAACUCGCGGAUGAAAAUGUCAUGUCUCUGCAAUACAGUGUGAAGGAAGUUACUAACUACUGUUAGCGCAAUUGCUAACUUGCGCUAGCACCAUGACUGGAAAUCUAUGGUAACUGCUAGCAUGCUCGUAGAUACCAUCGAGUUCCAAGCAUUGUGCUAACGCUAGUUAGCAAUUGCGCUAACACUAGUUAGUAACUUCCUUCAGACUGUAUUGCAGAGACAUGACAUUUUCACCCGCGAGUUCAUCUGACUCCGGGGAAGUUGAUCAUUACCAAAAUCCCGAAGUGUCCCUUUAACAUUAUCAUUUGUAUUACUCAUUGAAAUCUAUUGUUUUGCCUAAUCACGCACAACAACUCUGUUUUUGGAAAUGUUCUAUACCGAACCAAGUGUGUACUUCGAUAUCAUGACUGUAUUUGUACUUUUUUUUUAUUUUUUACAACUACUGCUAGCUACUUUAGGUGUUUUUGCUUUUAUGCAACGUAAUGAGAUCUCAUGCAACGCUUCAAAAUAUACUACUGUCAACACCAUGAA